GAUGGCGACAGGUAGCCAUCGACUGAUAUUGCACUUUCUAGUCUGCUCCUGCUUGCUGUUAAUCUGGUCUCAGCGGCCGUCAUCCUUUGCCUCCGCCUCAGGAAGGCACCUAAGAUUCUCUUAUUCUGCAUUGAAUAGAAAAGGAAACAAUGACCGACGGUCGAUGCAAGAGGAUGCGAUGUCGGAGCUCCGGGAGCUUGUCAGGGAUUACCUGUUCCGUACAGACAAACACCGCAGUCAGCAGGCGGAGAUGCCGAGGAAGCGUUCCGCAACUUCCGCCGGCCGGCGCUUGGCUACUCCAGCCGGUCAAGGCACUGGAACCGAUGAAAACGCAAAGUGUUCUGUGAAUUUCAAGAGCCUGAACUUCUCCACCCUGCGAGAUACAUGUCCUCCUACCCAGACGACAGAUGGUCGAUGCUGCAUACCUCUGGGACAGGUGAUCAGCGGCUUGCAUCUUGAUCUGUCGAUGUUGUCUGACAAGUGCAUAAAUGAGUUCUUCCUGGCCAUGAGCGACGAGGGGUUCGAUCCCAACCGUCUGCUAGGCCUCUGCAUGCCUCAUCUGGCUCCGCUGGUGCGGACAGGAAAGCCAUUCCCUACUUUCCCUAGACUUCCCGGAGCCUCGGUGACUGAGGUCAUCGGUAUACUCCGCAAAACUGCCACAACCGCCUACACCAAACUAGAAAAUGCAGCUCCAGGGUCCUUAGAGAUCGCAGGAGGGAGUGAGGGUGGUCCUGAUGUGGUCGAUAUUCUUCAAAAAAAUGCCAAGAAGGUGUACACUGCACUGGGAAGCACAGCUCUAGCAUCGUCGUCAUUAAACAUCGAAGGAGGGAGUCAGAGUGGCUCAUCAGAUGUGGCGGUCUCCUCCGAGUCCGGACUACAAGGCGAUGCGGAGGAGAGCUCCUUGCAACAAGGGCUUCUCUCAAGUCAAGCCCCCCCCUCUAUCGGAUCUCAUGGGGGGUCCGAGCCGUCCCAACCAGCCCCUCUUAGCUCAAGCGAUGAUGAAGCGGCGGCCGCAUCCAGUCUCUCCGAGGAGGACUCGCAAGCAACCUUGCAGAGUGAUGCUGGCAACAAUGUAGCUUCAUCGGGAUCGGGAUCGAGCCACUCGGUCCAAGGAACCCCUUCAAGCGAAGCACCCCUCGCGGAAUCCGAAGACGGCGAGUAUGAUCCCUCAGAAGCGCUCCCUAGCAGCUCAAGUGAUCAAGCGGACCCAUCGAUUGUGGACCAAUACGAGCUGCAAGGGUCCUUAGCGAGUGGGUCGGGUGCCCUGCAUGCGCCUUCAUCCCAGUCCGGACAACAUGGAAGCAGCGAGAACGCCGAGAAGAAGUCAACCGAAGGGGGAGUCCCCGCAAGUGAAGCGCGCCCCCUCUUGGGAUCUGACAGUGAUGCGUCUGACAAGUCGACACCCCUUCCCAAAUCGAGUGGUGAAUCUGCCCCAUCCAGUUCUACUUCAUCUGCAUCUGGACAGAAAUCCAGUCCUCCUUCGUCUGCAUCGGGACAACACGGGGACAGCGCGGAGAAGUCAAGUUGAACCAAAGAGGGAGCCCCUGCAAGCGAAGCCCCGCCGUGGGAUCUGGUGAUGAUCAGUAAUUCUGGCAAGUCGGAACCCCUCCCGCCCCUCCCGGGCCUCCCCAAAUCAAAUGAUAAAGCUGCC